ACCGCCCACACAAUCUUGCAGAGAAUUGGCUGAGCCCUCAGUUUUGAAAAUCGUAGAUUUCGCCCGCGCUGCACCGCCCCGCUGUUACUCGAGGCGCUGACUCUGAGCGAGCUGAUCUGGCGGGCGGGGGCCGGGCGGACACGGCGGACUCGACCGAGGAGCCUGCGGCGGUGGCGGACGGCCGACAGCGCCACCAUGGGGACAGCCGCCCCAGGGCCCCUUCACCUGCUGGACCUUUGCGACCAGAAGCUCAUGGACUUUGUGUGCAACAUGGACAAUAAGGACCUGGUGUGGCUCAGGGAGAUCCAGGAGGAGGCCGAGCGCAUGUUCACCAGAGAAUUCAGCAAAGAGCCCGAGCUGAUGCCCAAAACUCCUUCUCAAAAGAAUCGGCGGAGGAAGAGACGGGUUUCCUAUGUUCAGGAUGAAAACAGAAACCCCAUCCGGAAGAGGUCAUCCCGCAGAAAGAUCCGGAGCGGCCGGCGGAGCUCCCAGCCCCUGCGCGGCAAGGACAGGGUGGAGAAGCCGGCCAUGGCGUUCGGGGAGCAGGGCUCCCCUGUGCUGCGCAGGGUGACCCGCGCCGCCGCUGCCGCCGCCUCCAAGGUGUCCGCCGCCCCCGUGUGCUCCCCGAGGUCCCCCACGGAGCAGAGCAGGAAGCUGGUGGUGGAGAUUGGCGCUGUGGAGCGCCGCAGUGCCGAGCAGCAGCUCACCCAGCUCGUAGCCACCUCGGCUCCGACCCCGACCCCGGCCCCGGCCGCAGCUGCGCAGGACGACCUGACUUUGGUUGAGGAAUCAACACCCAAGAAGCCAGAGGCUGGGCGGCCAGAGUCUGUCACAGCGAGCGCCCUGGUGACCACCCCGCAGGGGCCCAGGAGCCACGGCGCUGGCCCGGCGCGGUCUGCCUGCAAGCUCAAGAUCGCGCAGGCCUCCCCGGGGCCCCAGGACGCGCCUGGCUCUCGGGACUCUCCGUGGCGGGAGCGGGUGCUGACCUCCAUCCAGCCGGACAACUUCUCCAGGCCUGUGCGGCGCAGCCUGAUCGCCCCGGCUCCCCAGGACACUGUGGCCCAGAAGUACCCCCUGGUGGCCAAACAGGAAGGCGCCAGCCGCAGGUCGAGCAGGAGGGUCGCUAAGAACGCGGCCACAGAGCCCGCCGCCUCUGGCCGCAUCAUCUGUCACAGUUACCUGGAGAGGCUCCUGAAUGUCGAGGUGCCCCAGAAACUUGGCCCCAAGCAGGAGGAGCCCAGCGGGGAGGCGGAGGCCGAAGCAGCAGAGGCUAAGCCCGAGGUCCCUGGGAGCAGUGGGGACCCCUUGCUGCCCCGCGGUGCCGCCGAGACCACCGUCCACACGCCUCAUGCCCAGCCUGCCCCGGCUGGCUGGGACAUGUCCCCCGAAGGGCAGCAAGGGGCCACGGCUGACGAAGCCGAUGGACACCGAGAGCCACCGCAGAGCGUCAGGAGGAAGCGCAGCUACAAGCGGGCGAUGAGCGAGCUGGACGAGGAGCCCUCCCUGGUGGACGAGGAGCUGCAGCCCCCCAGGAACAAGACGCCCUCCCCGCCCUGCCCGGCCAGCAAGGUGGUGCGGCCGCUGCGGACCUUCCUGCACACGGUGCAGAGGAACCAGCUGCUCAUGACGCCGACCUCAGCGCCCCGAGGCACUGUCAUGAAGUCCUUCAUAAAGCGCAACACCCCGCUGCGCGUGGACCCCAAGUACAGCUUUGUCGAGAAAGAGCGGCAGCGCCUGGAGAACUUGCGGCGGAAGGAGGAGGCCGAGCAGCUGCGCAAGCAGAAGGUGGAGGAGGAGAAGCGGCGGCGACGGGAGGAGGAGAAGAUGAAGCGCGAGGAGCGCCACCGCAAGGUGCUGCAGGCGCGCGAGCGGGUGGAGCAGAUGAAGGAGGAGAAAAAGAAGCAGAUGGAACAGAAGAUCGCACAGCUUGAGGAGAAGACAGAGAAGGCCAAGGAGGAGCGGCAGGCAGAGGAGAAGGCCAGGAAGAAGGCGAUGGCCAAGAAGAUGGAGGAGGCAGAGGCGCGCAGGAGGCAGGAGGAGGAGGCACGCAGGCUGCGGCGGCUGCAGCAGGAGGAGGAGGAGCGGCGCCACCAGGAGCUGCUGCAGAAGAGGAAGGAGGAGGAGCAGGAGCGGCUGCGCAAGGUGGCCGAGGCUCGGCGCCUGGCGGAGCAGCGCGAGCAGGAGCGGCGGCGGGAGCAGGAGCGGCUCCAGGCUGAGAGAGAACUGCAGGAGCGGGAGAAGGCCCUGCGGCUGCAGCGGGAACUGGAGGAGAAGAAGAAGGAGGAGGAGCAGCGCCUGGCUGAGCAGCGGCUGCAGGAGCAGCAGGAGAAGAAAGCCAGGGAGGAGGCGGUGGCGGCGGGGGCCAACAAGGCCCUGAAUGUGACCGUGGACGUGCAGUCCCCAGCCUGUACCUCCUAUCAGAUGACUCCACAGGGGCACAAGCACCCCCCCAAGAUCAACCUGGACAACUACUGUAACUAUGGGAUGGAUCUGAACAGCGACGACUCCACGGACGACGAGGCCCAUCCCCGCAAGCCCAUCCCGGCCUGGGCCAGAGGCACGCAGCUCAGCCAGACCAUCGUCCACCAGUACUACCAUCCCCCGAACCUCACCGAGCUCUUCGGGACCAUCCUCCCGCUGGACUUGGAGGACAUCUUCAAGAAGAGCAAGCCCCGAUACCACAAGCGCACCAGCUCUGCCGUCUGGAACUCACCGCCCCUGCAGGGCACCCGGGUCCCCAGCAGCCUGGCCUACAGCCUGAAGAAGUACUGAGCCGCGCGGCGGCCCGUGUCCUGCUGUGCAGUGCUAUUGCCGCCCUUCCACCUGGUUGCCAUGGGCUGGGUGUCCUCUGCAGGUGCAGGGUGGCCCACGCCUGCGUGGAGGGCGGGUUUGUGCGUGACUGGGAAGAGCCAGACCUGCUCGGUUGGCCCACAGGCAGCACGCUGUAAAUAGAUGGUGCAGCUCAGCCGGAUUUUAGUGUCUAGUGUUUUAGAGGUAGAUCAAUAAAGUGGAUUCCUUCUGUGAA